CUUGUUCUUUUCCCGUCUACUUCUCACCUAUGCCGUCAGCCGAAGUUCGAACUUUUUCCUGCAGUUGUGUGACCGCCGAUGUUUCAACAACGGCCAUUAUCCCUGCUUAUACUUUCUCAGGAUGAAAGUCAUCCCUUCAAUCUUAUUUGUAUCGUUGUCUCCAGCACCCCACCAAAUACAAGGACAUUUGCUAGCAGUUGUCACUUGUUUACAAAGGAGGAGUUUUUGUUUUCAUCAAUAAUUAAAAGAAACGGUGGAGUAAAUGUGAAACAUUGAGCAUCUGAAGAUGAAGAAGCUGCUUGUUCCUUCUGUGAGCUCAAUUUGGAAAAGAGUUCAGAAUGGCAACAGAGACUCUAGGGUUUUAUUCUUCUCCACGGAAGCAAAGUCUCUUGUCUCUCUUUUUCCUUCACCGUCCCAGAUAGGCGACAAUCUGUACCAUCGGAUUAUGGGUGAAGAGAAGCACAAACAUUCAAUCGCUCCCAUAAUCGACGAGUGGGUUAAGGAAGGUCGUCCGGUUGAGCUUCAAAUUCUUCGUCACAUCAUCAAACGGCUCCGUAAACAUAGAUUCCCCAAAUACGCUCUCCAGAUUUUUGAAUGGAUUGAUGAGUCAAAAAGUCUUCAACUGUCUCCAGGUGAUAUAGCCAUACGCUUGGAUUUGAUAGGGAAAACCUAUGGUCUGGAUGUGGCUGAGAAGUAUUUCCACAACAUUCCAAUGAAUUUGAGAACUGAUAAGGUAUACGGCGCUUUGCUAAACUGUUAUGUCCACUUCAAAAAAGUGGAUAAAGCGGAAGACACCUUGCAGAAGAUGAGGGAUGAGUUUGGUUAUGAUCAGUGCGUGUCAUUUACUCUGUUGAUGAAUCUUUACUCCAAGUUGGGGAAAUUUGACAAAUUGCACUUAUUAGCACAACAAGUGGAAGAAAUGGGGGUCAUUGUAGACAAAUACUUCCAAUACACACGCUUAAAUGCAUACGCAACCGCUCGUGAUGUAACUGGAAUGGAAGGUCUUGUGAAGAAGAUGGAAGUAGAUCGUUGGAUCGUCAUUGAUUCGUGUUAUUAUACGAUACUCGCCAACGGUUACAUAAGAGCCGGCGAUUUCAAGAAAGCUCUAGAAGCCGUGAAGAAUUUUGAAGGCGCAACCGCACGCAGGAGGGACGAGAUUGAUUAUAACUUCCUACUUUCUCUCUACGCUAGUCUGGGAAGGAGAGCUGACGUUUACCGCAUAUGGGAAGAAUACAAAGGAGUAGGAAAAUUGCAGACAAGUAGUGGAUACUUGGCUAUGAUAAGUGCCCUUGAAAAGCUUGGCGAACAUGACGCCAUGGAGAAGAUAGCGGAAGAAUGGGAAUCUCAUAAUUCAAUGACCUUUGACAUCCGAAUCCCGAAUUUCCUCAUAAACAGCCACUGCAGGAGGGGUAGUUUGGGAAAGGCGGAAGCGGUUGUGGAGAAAGUUGUGGAGAGGAUGGGGGCAAAGGUUGGUGGAGGGACGUGGGGCCGCAUGGGGCGUGGGUAUGCUGAAAACAAGGAAAUGGAUAAGGCAGUGGAGGCAUUGUGGAAAUCAGUCUUGGCAACUCGUCCGGGAGGGAAACUUAAUAUGCGACUGUUGGCUACUUGUGUGAAAUAUUUGGAAUCCAAGGGAAAGUUUGAAAGAGCAGAUGAUAUUGUAAAGUCCAUCAAGAGGCAAGGGUUGGCCAGAGAACGUUUUGAUGAGAUUUUAGAAGAGUAUAUCCGAAAGCUAUAAUGAGGGGAGGGGGGAUCGAGCCUAGUACUAAGAUUUGAAACUUAACCUGACUAUUGACUAGAUUGCCAGGGAGAAGACGGAGAGAGCCACCUUAGCAAAUCUCUGACCAUAAGGGUUGCGCAAAGUGCUUCCUGAUUAUGUCUUUUAUGAUGAGUUUAUUAUAAACCAAGUAGUGAUCAGCUCUUGUAUUGUCCUGAUAUGGCCAUUGACACUCAUCUACGAAGCUACUGAUAGCAGUAGGGGAAGAUUAAUGGUGGAAUUCAUCCCUAUGUAUUUCCAUGAUCAUUGAACAAGACGUGGAUUUGAAGAGGAAAUUGGGUCGCUAUAUACUGCUUAAUGCCCCUCCUUUAUUUUGUGGACUCUUAUGCUAGAAUAAUAUAUAAAUAUAACUCAUUACUCUGUAGAUUUUAUAUGUAUAUAAUUUUACACUUAAAAUUCAACACCUAUAUGUGCUUACAUGCAGACAUAGGGAUGAACACGGUCCGGGUAGAUCUGGGUUAUUAAUAAAAUAUCAAGUGUUCCAUUAAAUGAUAGGUUUG